AUGUCACAGCAACCACAGAAAACACAAGGGGAAUCGGGCGCUUCGCCCUCCCCUCCCCCGCCAGCCCCGAUCCCAUUGGCCCCCGGUCCACGCGCAUCUCGACUGCAAGAUAUCUACAGCAAGGCUCUUCGCGCAACACUCAAGGCAAAUUCAUACGAGAAUUUCGCGUCCUGUUUUCCUACUCCCGCCAGAUAUGUACCAGCCAGUCUGGAAUCUGUCCAUCGCCAAUUGAACGCCAAAUUGGAGGAAGGCGCUACCGCUGAAUUCAACGAAAUCAUUAAAGAACGCGAGGUUAUCAAGGGGUUGAACGAGCUGGAUAGACUUGUUGGAGAUGCUAGGCGACGAAAAAGCCAAGGUGAAAGCGAGAGUGAUGUACCUCCACAUAUGCUGAAUGCCGACGGCCUAUACCAAGCCCAUUUGACGCCUUACUUACAAGAAGUUCAGAAUGUCCUCAAUGCCAAGAUCGAAACGACUCAGUCGCAGAACGUUGCGCUCGCGGAAAAAGUCUUAGCUCAGCGAAAGGAGAUUGAGUCUUUGCUUUCAGGUCUGGAAGCUGUAAUGGCCGAUCUGGAAGGCUCUGCAAAGACAUCGACCGAAUACAGCAAGGAGCAUAAUCUGCGACAGGAGAGCUUACAGAUCGACGAAGAGAUGAAAAUGCAAGCCGAGAGUUGA